CUACAUGCAAAAACGACCCUCUUCUUUUUUUGUAUGUAGUCCCAUAACCCACGCUCUAAGUAAACUCCUCAACUACUCCUCAAUAUGACAUACCAACUACAGACACUUAAUAAAUAUUGCCUUUUACCUCUCCUUUUGGACUCACCCUGAAGCCCCAUUUCGGUUUUUAGUCGAAAUCUUGGGUUGGGGGCUGGAAAUAUGAGGACAUGCUUGUGGGUUUUUGCCGUGGUUCUUGUUUUCGGUUUUGUUGAUGGAAAAAAAAUUGAAAGGUUGCGCACGGAGAGGAUUUCAGGAAGCGCUGGGGAUGUGUUGGAUGAUGAUCCAGUGGGAAGGUUGAAGGUCUAUGUUUAUGAGCUUCCGAGUAAAUACAACAAGAAACUGCUGCAGAAGGACCCCAGAUGUCUCACCCAUAUGUUUGCUGCUGAAAUCUUCAUGCAUAGAUUUCUCUUAUCCAGCCCAGUUCGAACCCUUAAUCCAGAUGAAGCAGAUUGGUUUUAUUCCCCUAUAUACCCCACUUGUGAUCUCACACCCAUGGGCUUGCCGUUGCCCUUCAAAUCUCCUAGGAUGAUGAGAAGUGCGAUACAGCUAAUCUCCUCCAAUUGGCCUUACUGGAAUCGUACGGAAGGGGCUGAUCACUUUUUUGUUGUGCCCCAUGACUUUGGAGCCUGCUUCCACUAUCAGGAAGAGAAAGCCAUUGAGCGGGGCAUUCUUCCGCUACUCCAGCGUUCUACUUUGGUUCAAACUUUUGGGCAACGAAAUCAUGUGUGCUUGAAUGAGGGGUCAAUUACAAUUCCUCCUUUUGCUCCUCCUCAAAAGAUGCAGGCCCACCAGAUUCCCCCUGACAUUCCACGGUCCAUUUUUGUCUAUUUCCGUGGAUUGUUUUAUGAUGUAAAUAAUGAUCCAGAAGGUGGUUAUUAUGCAAGAGGAGCAAGGGCUGCAGUUUGGGAGAAUUUCAAGAACAAUCCACUCUUCGACAUCUCCACUGACCAUCCAACAACAUAUUAUGAAGACAUGCAGCGAGCUAUAUUUUGCUUGUGCCCACUCGGUUGGGCCCCGUGGAGUCCUAGAUUAGUUGAAGCAGUGGUAUUUGGAUGCAUUCCUGUCAUCAUUGCAGAUGAUAUUGUUUUGCCAUUUGCCGAUGCUAUCCCAUGGGAGGAAAUUGGGGUGUUUGUAGCAGAGGAAGAUGUCCCUAACCUGGACACAAUCCUAACAUCUAUACCACCAGAAGUGAUUUUAAGGAAACAAAGGCUUCUUGCAAAUCCUUCUAUGAAACGUGCAAUGUUAUUCCCACAACCUGCACAACCAGGUGAUGCUUUCCACCAAAUACUAAAUGGUCUGGCUCGUAAGUUGCCGCACGACAGGAGUGUUUACUUGAAAUCUGGUCAAAAUAUUUUGAAUUGGACAGCAGGGCCAGUUGGGGACCUGAAACCUUGGUAAGAGAAGUGUCAUUUCCUCAACAGACAUGGCUGUGGUGUAUCUACUGUUUCAUCUAAUCGCAAGGACUGUAAACUUCUCUUUGAAGUUUUGAUUUUUGUAUAGAUUCUUUAAUUUCACAUGUACAUCUGGGACAUAGUUCGAUGCUUUAAAUAACUUCGCAUUUUUCUUGA